GGGACGUGCGCUCACGGAAACAUAUUCAAGCAGAAACCACCCGAACACGAACACACAGUUCCCUCCGCCUUUUUCAUUUUGGCGUUUCAUCUGCCCUCUCAUUCGCACCGGAGGAGUGGCGUUGAAGGGAGAGAGAGGCGCUUGGCGCACACAACUCAUAGAUACACACGUACACCCCUGCGGUGAACGCGGGAGAGAGCGAAAAAUAUGGCUGCAGCCACCGCAGGUCAGGACGGGGCUCCUGUGGCGGUGCAGAUCACCACCAUCGUCCCCGUACGCGUCUUCAGCCCCCAUGGGGAGUACUUCGACACCGAGGUGGAUAUCGACACCCCGCUUCGCGCCCUGCAGCUCGCCAUCGAGGACUACUUCAAGGUGAAACCAGAAGUGCAGCUGCUCCUGCACAACCGUCAGCAAAUCCGCACCGAGCGCUCCUUGCGGGACAACGGGUGUUUGCUGCUGAAGGGUGACCCCUACAUCAAAAUUGUCUGCGCCAUCAAGCGCGGGCCGGUGCUGAACCUGCUGUGCGAGGUAGGGCAGCUCACAUACGUUGUCGCCUGCCACGAGUCGUCCACUGUGUGGGAGGUGAAGAAGAUGCUGUGUGAGGAGAUGGCACGCCAGCAGCAGCCAGCGAGGGAGGACAGCGGCGCUGAGCGGCGGCCGACGUACGGGCCGGAGCGGCUGCGGCUGCUGUGGCGUUACAUGGAGCUCAACGACAGGGCCACACUGCAUUACUAUCGAGUGCCGACCAACGCCGUGUUCCAGGUGAUGCACCGCAAACGUGCCGUCGCGGCGCCGUCCGGGGCUGCAGUCAGCACAGCAGCUCCUCCUGCGACACCUUCGGCAUCCGCGGCGAAUAGCAUGCCCACUUCGCAAGGUCGACCGUUAGCGCCGCCUACAGUGUGGUGGCAGCGGCCGCCUGCGCCACAGGGGCCGUCAUACCCACCUCAGCCUUCGGCAUCGCCGACGCACAGCCCGGCGGAGUACAACGCGGACUUUGAGUACCUGACACGUCGUGCUGCUCCACCGGAAGAAGUCGUGGCGCCUGCCAUGGCGCCGAGCGUGUCGUUCCCCGCACCGCCGCCGCCGCCCGCAGCGUACGUCCCUGCGUACCCACCCGCUGUCCACACCGGUCUUGCACCGAGCGUAGCAGCAGGACCACCAUCACCGCCGCAACAUCAGCACUACGAUCCUCUCACGAGCUCUGAAGCCGUCGGCCUCGCUCUGCGUGUUGGCGCGUUAGAAGAGCAGCUCCGUGCGCUGUGGCGUGCGCUGCAGGAGCAGCAGCAGGCGGGCGAGUACCAACGCGGCAGCCUCGCCGACACGCACCAACGAAUUUUGGAGUUGCAGGAGCAGAUGUCGCACGUGUUGUGGCUGCAGCAGGAAACGGCGCGGCUCAUCGUCCCGUCGUGA